AUGCUCCGAAGAGGAUCGUCGUCUGCUCUGCGCAGCUUUGCGCCUACCAUCUCCCCACCCCUCUACACCGUGAUACGACCAUUUUCGUGUACACGUCCAGCGUGUGCAGAUAUUGACAUGGCAGCUUUCGGCGAGCAGCACAUUGCAAAAGGCAUUGGUCGGCUCACGAAGCAUGUCUUCGAGGAAGCAAAGGGCACAUAUAUCACCACCGACAAAGGCGUCAAGCUGCUGGAUCUCACCGCCGGCAUUGGCGUCCUAAACCUGGGCCACUGCCAUCCAAAGGUCAGCGCUGCAGCCGCCGCACAAUGCAGCAAGAUUACGCAUGCCCAAGUCAACAUUGGCUUCAGCUCCGCGCAAAUCGCCCUUCUCCAAGAGCUUCUGCCCAUCCUGCCCCACCCCUCGCUCGACACGGUCUUCUUCUGGAACUCGGGCGCCGAAGCCGUGGAAGCGGGCGUGAAGCUUGCACGCGCCGCGACCAAGAAACCUAACAUCAUUGUCAUGCAGGGCUCGUACCACGGCCGCACAAACGCCACAGCCUCGAUGACGCGGUCCAAGACGAUAUACGGCGAGGGUCAUGGUCCCUUGAUGGGUGGAGUCUUCGCCAGCGCAUUCCCAUAUUACAGCCAAUUCCCUGGCGCAACCGUCGACACACCCACAAAAGAUUUGGUCAAUUACGCCCUCUUACAGAUGCAGCUCACGCUCCAGCAACAAACCUCACCUGCUGACACCGCCGCCAUCAUCCUCGAGCCAGUACUAGGCGAAGGCGGUUAUGUCCCCGCACCCCCCGCCUUCCUCCACGGCCUCCGCAAGAUCUGCGACGAACAUGGUAUCCUGCUCAUUGCGGAUGAAGUACAAUCUGGGAUGGGGCGUACAGGACACAUGUGGUUUGUCGAGGAGUCUGGUGUCCGGCCUGACAUCCUAAUCUUCGCCAAGGGCAUCGCGAAUGGAUUUCCGCUCUCCGGCAUCGCGAGUAAUAAAAAGCUCAUGGAUCUUCAAAAGCCUGGAUCAAUGGGUGGAACCUAUGCCGGCAACCCUGUGGCGUGCGCUGCCGCAACUGCAACCAUACAGGCUUUCCGCGACGAGAAGAUUUUGGACAAUGUUGCUGCGCGCUCAAAGCAAAUUUUUGACUUUCUGCACGAACUCAAGAGUUCAAAAACCAAGGCCGGCAACUUGAUCGAAGACAUCCGGGGUAGUGGGCUGAUGGUUGGUCUGCAGUUCAAGAAUGCGCGACUGCAAUCUCAAAGUGAUAACGUUGCAGCAGCGACGGAUGCGAAGCAGACAGCACAACCGCAGAUUGCACCGCAGGUUGUGCAGCAGUGUGUAAAGAGGAAUAUGUUAUUGCUUAGUACAUCGGUCUUUGACGUUGUCCGAUUCAUUCCACCGCUCACAAUCACGGAAGAGGAAUUGAGCAAGGGGUGUGAGAUUUUCAAGGCGGCUUUGGAGAGUGUCGCGAGUGAAAUAUGA